AUGGCAACCCCAACCGGCCCUUUCGUUCUGAGACCUGCAACACCAGCCUCAGUAUUACCCGCGAAAAGAUUGGACGAUGAGCUUCAGAUUGUAGCGGUCAACCCUGUGAAGAAGAGAAGGCUCAACAAUCUUGGGGUUGCCCCUACACCUCAAGCCUUUGAACAUAGCACAUCGGUCACUCCAUCUCCACGGCCUGCUCUGAUGACCUCGGACCCCAAGAGACCCGCCCCCAAAAUAGAGCAGAGAAUCAGUACUGCGACAGCGGUACUGUCCUCACAGCCUCCAGAACCGCCAACCGCUUGGUCUGCGACAAGAACCUUAGGACCCGGGUUUGGCAAGUUGAAUAACCUUGAGACUCUCUGGAUCGCGCCAGCCAGCAGCCUUUGCGAUUCUCCUCCUCUGUCGCCAAAACAACUGCCGCAAAGAUUGUUGCCUGGUUCUACAAGAUCUCAAUCGGUUCGAGGACUCAAUGUUCCAAUCAAGAAUGAGGGUUGUGAUGGGCUUGGAAACCACGCGUUCAGAACCGUGACGGAGAGUCACAUGUUCGCAAUGACCCCUCCUUAUAUCACUGAAGCAGCUCCAGACCCAGCAGAAGAUGCAAUGACAGCCAUUUUUUCUGAGGCCACUGAAUUUCAACCAUAUGGUACAACUGAGGCGUGUGAUUCGAACGAUUGGCUUCUUGAGAUCCGGGACACUGAGUAUAGACAGGACGGACUACAGCACGAGGUUCGCGUCCCGCCAACCCAGAUUGUUGGCCAUGUGUCACACGUCAAGAGCAAUGACAAGAAGAACUACCACAGUCAGUCCUCCAUGGGUCUCAUGUGCCAGUCACCACCCUCUCAGCCAUUGAGCCUCGCGUCCAGAUUGGACUUUGGCCGCGGGACCAGCUUCCAUCACAAAGAUGGGCCAAAAGCCCACGGGACUUGCAUGAAAUGCCUUCAAGCCAAGCUCCGGCAACGAGCAGCAAUGUCGGCGACCGAGAUGCAGUCCUCUCUGGCAACGGGCUCCUUUCAGGCCUCGAGCCUGGCGCAGCCAGCUUGGACACCAGCAUUUAAUAUGAACGGCACAGCGAGUGGGAACAUGAUGCCGGCUGCACAUGGUCAAUCGAUACCUUCGCACUUCAUCGCCGGACUGGUGGGCUCCGCUCGACAAUCUCAGUUCCUUGGUCAUAAACCUCUUGGCCAAAACAAGACCAGACCUAGUCCGUUCUUUUCAUCAACGGACAAUAUUCUCGGUACCCGAAACUCACAGGUGCCGAUUCCUUCGACUCAGGGAACGACUAGCGGUAAACACUUGAUUGUCGAUAUCGCAGACACAUGCGCAGAAGUGUUUCCUUUUGAAGCUAUCGCUAAACGACACCACCAGCCCGUCCAGAAAGUCAGGGAUGUCUUUAACGCCAUCAUACAGGUACCACUGCUGCGCUGUCCAACGGACAAACGAAGGGCGGGUAAGCUGGGCACAGCUCGAUUGAAGGAUUACACUCAGGCCAAGAAGAGAAUAGUUCCAGACAAUCAAGACCGAGGAGACAGGCACCGGAAGCUUGGUCAAGGAGACCAGUACUAUUCAGCUUGGGAUGUUGCAAAGUUACUCGGCCCGACUGACGCACAACUGGGACACCAUUUCGAUUCCGCUGGUCCUUGGUAA